AUGGGAAAGGCAACCAAGGCCACGAAAAAGUUCAUCUCGAGCGGGAAGCUCAAGAAGACGAUCCAGGACAGGAAGAAACACCGCGAGAUCAAGAAGCGGUUCGAGAGCAGGCGCGGCGCGAAGGGGAAGGGGAAGCAAGGAGGGGGUGAGGUGGAGGACGAUGAUGAAGAGGAGAGGGAGGAGGAGGACGCGAGUGAGGGAGAGGAGGAGAGGGGAAAGGGCAAGGGGAUGACGGUGGACGACUUUUUGGGAGGCGGGUUCAUGGGGAGCGAUGAUGAUGAGCAGGAUAUGGAGGAAGGGGAUGCGGGGUCAGACGCCUCGGAUGACGAGGACGAGAUCGACGACAACGCGUCCUUCGCGUCGGUUGACGCGCUCGAUGAGGAAGGCAAGAAACAUCUCAUCGAGCUCUCCAAGCUCGCCGAGAAGGACCCGGAGUUCUUUAAGUACUUGCAAGAGAACGAUCAGGAGCUCCUCGACUUCAACCCCGACGCACUCGAAAACGAUGACGAGGACGUGAUGAUGGAAGGGGAGGACGAGGAGGCGGUCAAGGUACCAACGCUGACGAAGGAGACCCUGAAAGGAUGGCAGAAGGCGAUCCUUCAGCACCGCUCGAUUCGCGCUCUGCGGAGAUUACAUUUGGCAUUCCGGUCAGCGGCUCAUAUGAAUGAGGAUAAUCAGGUAGUGGCGUGGGCGAUCGACAGCGCGAGCGUCUACAACAAGCUCGUCGUGACGACCUUGCGAUAUACUCCUGUCGUACUGAACCACCAUGUACCAUACAAGACCCUUGCCAAUGGCAAAUACAAGCCACCCACGCAGACGCCUAAGUUCAAGGCCCUGCAAAAGCUCAUCUUGUCCUAUUUCUUAAACGCGAUCCAUCUGAUGGAUCAGAUUACGGACAACGAAAUGCUGCAGCUGGCAUUGACGGAGACGGCUAAGGUCGUUCCGUAUGUAAUCAGCAGCCGGAAGGCGGUGAAGCUGUAUCUGAAGAAAUGCCUUGCAAUCUGGUCCAGCGGCGAGGAUAGCGUCCGCAUUGCUGCCUUCCUCGCCAUCCGCCACCUCGCGUCCGGCACCGACAACGCCGUCCUCGACAGCAUCCUGAAGGGCACCUACAUGUCGCUCGUCAAGUCCUGCAAGUCCACCAACCCUUACACUCUCCCCUCCAUCACCCUCAUGAAGAACUCCGCGUCCGAGCUCUUCACCCUCGACCACGCCACCGCCUACCAGCACGCCUUCAGCUACAUCCGCCAGCUCGCGAUCCACCUGCGCAACAGCAUGAAAGUCAAGACGAAGGAGGCGUACAAGCAGGUGUACAACUGGCAAUACGUGCAUUCCGUCGACUUCUGGGCCUUGGUGCUCGCGAAGGCGUGCGACGCCGACGCCGAAAAAGCGGCAGGAAGGGAGAGCGAGCUCCGCGCCCUGAUCUACCCACUCACGCAGGUCGCCGUCGGCGCGAUCCGCCUCAUGAACAACGCGCGCUCACACCCCUUCCAUCUCCACCUCAUUCGCUCCCUCCUCCAUCUCACCAAGCACACGCGCACCUACAUCCCCCUCUCCCCGCACCUCGUGCCCAUCCUCACCGCGACGCUCUCGCCCGAGAAGCUCAAGAGGUCCACGCUCCGGCCCUUGGACCUCGAACUGCAGAUCCGCGCGCCCCAGCAAUACGCAAAAACGCGCGUCUACGCCGAGGGCGUGCGCGAUGAGGCCGCCUUCCUCCUCGGCGAGUGGCUCGCCUGCCCCGCUGUGCACGCGAGCGCGGCGUUCCCCGAGGUCGUCGUGCCCGUCAUCGUCCUCCUGCGCAAGGCGGUCAAAGGCGCGCGGGACGCUGGCUCGGUGAAGACGCUGCUCGAGCGCGUCGAAGAGGGGGCGAAGUGGGUGGAGCAGCGGCGCCGGGCGGCCGCGUUCGCGCCAGCAGACACGAAGGCGGUGGCGCUGUGGGAGACAGAGCUGGAGAAGAAGCUGGAGGAGAGCCCGCUAGUUAAGUAUCUUAAGGUGCAGAGGAAGGCGAGGGAGAAGAGGAGGAAGUUGGUGGAAAAAGCGCGCAAGGGAGAGAACGAGGUGUUGGAGGAGAGCGAUUGA